AUGAUGUGUGCUGCUGCGGCAGCGGCAGCCGGUGGAGGGAUUCUGCCCUCCUCAUCAUCGCCGUCGAUGGGGCUGGGUGUCAGGGUGAUUUCUGGAGCCGAUUUCUCCACUAUUGGUUCGGGUAUGGGGUCGUGUCCAAUCCCCGGGGCUCAGUCGGAUUGCCGGAGUCGGUACCAGCUUCUACUCUCAGGACGAGCUUUGGCGGAAAGAUAUAAGAGGAUUUACACCACAGCUAUCAAUGACAAAGAGCAAGGAAUAAACCAAGGAAGGGGUAAGAAAGUUUUGAGUAAGAAGAAACUAAAGAGGCGACAAAAAGUGAAAUCAAAAGUCAAGUCAAGAACAAAGACCGAGAGUCUCGAUGGGGCCUUCUGUGUGCCGGACAUCAAGUUGCACAGCAACCCAUCAGCAUUCAAUGUGUACUGCAAUGUGCGCCACUGUGUGCUGGACUGGCAGCAGCGGGAGGCGUCUCUGGCCCUGGCGUCCCGGAGCUCCGUCCAGAGCGGAGAUUCGGACAGCGAAGAAGAGGAGGAGUACCGCGAGGCCACCGUCAAGCUGCCUAAGAUCAUCGGCAUCGGGCUGUGUGGCGUCUUCGAGCUGAUCAAGGAGACUCGUUUCUCCCACCCCUCGCUGUGCCUGCGCAGCUUGCAGGCCCUGCUGGACAUGCUGCAGGGCCAACAGCCUGAGGGCUUCCAGACAGAGCCCCCCGACGUACUGGAGUCUCUGUUCCAGCUGCUGCUGGAGAGCACAGUGCGCAGCACGGGCCCCAACGACCCCACGGGACAGACCCUGACUGCCCUGGCCUGCGCCUGCCUCUUCAGCCUGGUGGUGUCCUGGGGAGACACAGGCAAAACGCUGCAGGCUGUCUCGGCCAUCCUCACCAACAACGGCAGCCACGCCUGCCAGACCAUCCAGGUGCCCACCAUCCUCAACGCCCUCCAGAGAAGUGUGCAGGCAGUGCUGGUGGGGAAGGUCCAGAUCCAGGACUGGUUCGGGAACGGCAUCAAGCGGGCGGCGCUGAUGAACAAGUGGGUCUUGAAGGAGGUGUCCAUGGAGGAGGACGAGCGCUGCCUGCUGCAGACGGACGGCUCCUUCCUCUACGUGCUCUGCAAGGACGGCCUCUACAAAGUGGGGUCCGGAUACAGCGGCACCGUUAGGGGCCAUGUGUAUAAUUCCACGUCGCGCAUCAGAAAUCGGAAGGAGAAGAGAUCCUGGUUGGGCUUCGCUCAGGGCUUCCUAUUGUACAGAGACAUGAGCAACCACAGUACGACAGCCCUCAAGAUCAACCCAGAAACCCUGGAACACGAGGGGACCAUUACAAUGCCAGGUCAGCAGGCUGACGGUCAGAACAUCGUCUUCACCGACGGAGAGUACAUCAACCAGAUCGCUGCCUGCAAAGAUGAUGGCUUUGUCGUGCGCAUCUAUGCUACCAGCAGUGACCCGGCGCUGCAGCAGGAACUGCAGCUCAAGCUGGCCAGGAAGUGUCUACACGCCUGCGGCAUCUCACUCUUCGACCUGGAGAAGGACCUGCACAUCAUCAGCACAGGGUUUGAUGAGGAGGCUGCGUUACUGGGAGCAGGCAGGGAGUUUGCUCUGAUGAAGACGGCCUCAGGAAAGAUCUACUACACAGGGAAGUACCAAAGUCUUGGAAUCAAGCAGGGCGGACCCUCGGCAGGAAAGUGGGUAGAGCUGCCGGUCACCAAGUCCCCCAAGAUGGUCCAGUUCUCCGUGGGCCAUGACGGCUCGCACGCUCUCCUGGUGGCCGAAGAUGGCAGCGUGUUUUUCACGGGCUCUGCCAGCAAGGGCGAGGAUGGCGAGUCCACCAAAAGUCGCAGACAGCCAAAGCCGUACAAGCCGAAGAAGAUGCUGAAGCUGGAGAGCAAGACUGCCGUCCACACCGCCUGCAACAACGGCAGCAGCAGCAUCGUCACCAAGGACGGCGAGCUGUACAUGUUCGGCAAAGACGCUAUUUACAGCGACAGCACCUGUCAGGUGACCGACUUAAAGGGUCACUUUGUGACCCAAGUUGCCAUGGGGAAGGCCCACACUUGUGUGCUGACCAAAACCGGUGAGGUGUGGACAUUUGGGGUCAACAACAAGGGCCAGUGCGGCCGAGACACUGGGGCCAUGAGCCAGGCGGGGAAAGCGUUUGGUGUGGAGAGCAUGGCAACGGCCAUGGACGAGGACCUGGAGGACGACCUGGAGGAGAAGGAGGAGAAGAGCAUGAUGUGCCAGCCCGGCAUGCACAAGUGGAAGCUGGACCAGUGCAUGGUGUGCACCGUGUGUGGGGACUGUACCGGCUACGGAGCCAGCUGUGUGAGCAGCGGACGGCCCGACAGGGUGCCGGGAGGGAUCUGUGGCUGUGGCUCUGGCGAGUCAGGCUGCUCUGCGUGCGGCUGCUGCAAGGCCUGCGCCCGGGAGCUGGAUGGCCAGGAGGCCCGUCAGAGAGGCAUCUUUGACGCCGUCAAGGAGAUGAUCCCGCUGGAUCUGCUGUUAGCUGUGCCUGUCCCUCCCCCCCCAGGAGUGAACAUCGAGGAGCACAUCCAGAUCCGCCAGGAGGAGAAACGACAGAGGAUCAACCGCCGCCACCGGCUGGAGGAGGGACGAGGCCCCCUUGUUUUUCCCGGUCCCAUAUUUAUGAACCAGAGAGAGCAGGCCCUAGCCAGAGUAAGACCCCUUCAGGCCCUCAGACAUAAACGGGACAAGCACAAAGACGGCAGUAGUGAGCGAGGGGAAAAGGAUGCCAGUAAGAUCACCACCUACCCUCCAGGGGCGGUGCGCUUCGACUGCGAGAUGCGAGCCGCGCAGGUCAGCUGCGGCUUCCAUCACUCCGUGGUUCUCAUGGAGAACGGCGAUGUUUACACUUUUGGCUAUGGCCAGCAUGGCCAACUUGGGCAUGGAGACGUCAACUCAAGGGGCUCCCCCACCCUUGUGCAGGCUCUGCCAUGUCCCAGUGUCCAGGUGACAGCAGGCAGCAACCACACGGCCGUGCUGCUUGUGGACGGACAGGUCUUCACCUUCGGAAGCUUCUCGAAAGGGCAGCUGGGUCGGCCAAUCCUUGACAUGCCCUACUGGAAUGCAAAGCCGUCCCCCAUGCCCAACAUCGGCGCCAAAUACGGACGCAAGGCCACCUGGAUUGGCGCCAGUGGCGACCAGACCUUCCUGCGCAUCGACGAGGCGCUCAUCAACUCCCACGUCCUCGCCACCUCCGAGAUCUUCGCCAGCAAGCACAUCAUCGGCCUGGUCCCCAGCUCUGUGUCGGAGCCCCCUCCCUUCAAAUGUCUGCUCAUCAACAAGUUGGACGGCAGCUGCCGCACCUUCAACGACUCCGAACAGGAAGACCUGCAGGGCUUCGGCCUCUGCCUGGACCCUGUCUACGACGUCAUCUGGAGGUUCCUGCCAGCCUCCAGGGAGAUGUGGUGCUACAAUGCCGUGGUAGCAGACGCCCGCGUGCCCUCGGCCUCUGACCUCCAGGCCCGCUGCUCCAUCCUGAGCCCAGAGCUGGCGCUGCCCUCGGGCUCCCAUGCCAACACCACACGCUCCCACGGGGCGCUACACAUCCUGGGUUGCCUGGACACGCUGGCGGCUAUGCAGGAGCUGAAGAUGGGUGUGGCCAGUACGGAGGAGGAGACGCAAGCCGUGAUGAAGGUCUACUCUAAAGAGGACUACAGCGUUGUCAACCGCUUUGAGAGUCACGGUGGCGGCUGGGGUUACUCCGCCCACUCUGUGGAGGCCAUCCGGUUCUGUGCCGACGCUGACAUCCUCCUAGGGGGGCUGGGCCUGUUUGGGGGGCGCGGGGAGUACACCGCCAAGAUCAAGCUGUUUGAGCUAGGUCCUGACGGGGGCGACCAUGAGACAGAUGGAGACCUGCUGGCCGAGACUGAUGUGUUGGCCUACGACUGUGCUGCCAGGGAGAAGUAUGCCAUGAUGUUUGACGAGCCGGUGCUGCUGCAGCUGGGCUGGUGGUACGUGGCCUGGGCCAGGGUGUCGGGCCCCAGCUCUGACUGUGGCUCCCACGGCCAGGCCACCAUCACCACCGACGACAGUGUGGUGUUUCAGUUCAAGAGCUCCAAGAAGUCCAACAACGGCACCGAUGUCAACGCUGGUCAGAUCCCCCAGCUCUUAUACAGGCUUCCGUCUAACGACGGCAAUGCGGCCAAGGGCAAGCAGCAGACCAGCGAGCCGGUCCACAUCCUCAAACGCUCCUUCGCUCGCACCGUCUCCGUGGAGUGUUUUGAGUCUCUGCUGAGUAUCCUGCACUGGAGCUGGACCACGCUGGUUCUGGGGGUGGAGGAGCUGAGGGGCCUGAAGGGGUUCCAGUUCACCGCCACCCUGCUGGACCUGGAGAGGCUGCGCUUCGUAGGGACCUGCUGUCUGAGGCUGCUGCGGGUCUACAUCUGUGAAAUCUUCCCCAUCUCCGGCAGCACCAAGGCGGUGGUGGAGGAGUCCAGCAAGCUGGCGGAGUGUGUGGGCAAGACCCGCAGCCUGCUGAAGAAGGUCCUGUCGGAGGGCAUGGACAACUGCGCCACUCGGCUGGACAACGACCCCCAGGGCUACCUGUCCCAGCCCCUCACCCUGCUGGAGGCUGUGCUGCAGGAGUGCCACAACACCUUCACCGCCUGCUUCCACUCUUUCUACCCCACACCGGCCCUGCAGUGGGCCUGCCUCUGCGACCUGCUCAACUGCCUGGACCAGGACAUAGCGGAGGCCAACUUCCGCACGUCCAGCAGCCGCCUGCUGGCGGCCGUCAUGUCGGCGCUGUGCAACACCUCGGUCAAGCUCACCUCCAUCCUGCCCAUCGCCUACGACGGCGAGGUGUUGCUGCGCUCGCUGGUCAAACAGGUCAGCACCGAGAACGACUCUGCCCUCGCUCACCGCUUCCCCCUGCUGGUGGCUCACAUGGAGAAGCUCAGCCAUACCGAGGAGAACCUUAUGGGGAUGACCAGUUUCCGGGAGGUCCUGGAGAAGAUGUUGGUGAUCGUGGUUCUGCCGGUGAGGAAGAGUCUGAGGAAGGAGGUGGAGCUCUUCUCUCCCCACCUGGUGUCCAACACCUGCGGCCUGCUGGCCUCCAUCGUGUCCGAGCUCACGGCCUCCGCACUGGGCUCUGAGGUGGAUGGGCUGAACUCACUCCACUCGGUCAAGUCCACCCCUAACCGCUUCACCAAAACAAGCCAGGGGCGGAGCUGGAACACGGGCAACGGCUCGCCGGACGCCAUCUGCAUGACGGUGGACAAGCCCGGCGUGGUGCUGGUGGGCUUCUGCGUCUACGGGGGCGGGGGCAUCCACGAGUACGAGCUGGAGGUGCUCGCCGAUGACGCGCAGACAGAGCACCCAGGGGACUCGACCCACUCCCACAGGUGGACCUCUUUGGAGCUGGUGAAGGGAACCUACAGCACAGACGAUUCCCCCAGCGACAUCGCCGAGAUCCGCCUGGACAAGGCUGUGCCUCUCAAGGAGGGCGUAAAGUAUGCCGUCCGUCUGCGUAACUACGGCAGCCGCACGGCCAAUGGGGAUGGAGGGAUUAGCACGGUGCUGUGUUCCGACGGGGUGUCCAUCACCUUCAGCACCUGCAGCCUGAGCAGCAACGGAACCAACCAGACCAGGGGACAGAUACCACAGAUACUCUACUAUAGGAGUGAGUACGAUGGGGAUCUCCAGUCACAACUGCUCAGCAAGGCUAACGAGGAAGACAAGAACUGCAGCCGCUCCUUGUCUGUGGUCAGCGCAGUCGUCAGGGCAGCCAAGGACCUCCUGCACCGGGCCUUCGCUGUGGACGCCGAGGACAUCCCAGAGUUGCUUAGCUCCUCCAGCCUGUUCUCCAUGCUGCUGCCCCUGAUCCUGGCCUACAUCGGCCCUGUGGCUGCCUCCGUCCCCAAGGCUGCGGUGGAAGUGUUUGGUCUGGUCCAGGAGUUGCUUCCUGCUGUCUCCGCCCUCAACCAGAAAUAUGCCCCGCCCGCUUUCAACCCCAACCAAUCUACGGACAGCACCACCGGCAACCAGCCAGAGCAGGGCCUAUCCGCUUGCACUACCUCCAGCCACUAUUCCUUGAUAGAGAGCGACCACCCAUACAAGCAGGCUGGAGUCACUCAGUACAGGGUGUGCUUCCCAGACUGUGUGCGCUGGACCACCAUAGAGUUCGACGCCCAGUGCGGCACCGCCCAGCCCGAGGACGUCCUCCGCCUCCUCAUCCCCAGUCGCUCGCUGCAACUGUCCAGCCUGAGUUCCAAGCCCCUGGUCCACGACACCAUCAACACCUGGACCGAGCUCAAGAAGUUCUCUGGGGCGACUGGCUGGCCCACCAGCGUCCUGGUACUGCCUGGCAACGAGGCUCUGUUCUCCUUGGAAACCGCCUCUGAUUACGUGAAAGACGAAAAAGCCUGUUUCUACGGCUUUAAGUGUGUCGCCGUGGGAUACGAGUUCAAUCCAGGACAAGAUGAGGGUAUAAUUCAGCUGGAGAAGGAGCUGGCCUACCUGGGCAGUGUGUGUGCUGCUGCUCUAAUGAAGAAAGACCUGGCUCUGCCCAUAGGAAAUGAACUGGAGGAGGACCUUGAGAUCCUGGAGGAGGCUUCCCUGCAGGUGGUCAAGUCCCACUCAGGGAUUCUUGGGAAGGGUCUGGCCCUGUCCCAUUCCCCCACCAUCCUAGAGGCCCUGGAGGGGAACCUGCCCCUGCACCUGCAGACUAACGAGCACUCCUUCCUAGAGGACUUCAUCACCUGUGUUCAGAACUCCAGCGGGGGGCGCCUCGCCAGGUGGCUCCAGCCAGACUCGUACGCCGACCCCCAGAAAACGUCAUUGAUACUGAACAAGGAUGACAUCCGCUGUGGCUGGCCCGCCACUGUGGUUGUACAGACCAAGGACCAGUACGGAGAUGUGGUCCACGUACCCAACAUGAAGGUGGAGGUGAAGGCGGUGCCAGUGUCCCAGAAGAAGUCCCUGCAGCAGGACAACAUGAGGAAGCUGCAGCGGUUCCCAGGAGGCACCUCCUCUUCCUCCGCCUCCUCUUCCUCAGGAACGGACUUGACGUUCGGUGGCCUGCCCAUGCCCAAGCUAGAGGCCACCUAUGAGCCCAUGAUCGUCAAGGAGGCCCGCUACAUUGCCAUUACCAUGAUGAAGGCCUAUGAGAACUACUCUUUUGAGGAGCUCCGCUUUGCUUCUCCCACACCAAAGAGGCCCAGUGAGAACAUGCUGAUCCGGGCUAACACAGAUGGGACCUACAGUGCCAACUGGACCCCUGGGGCCGUGGGCCUCUACACUAUCCACGUCACCAUAGACGGCAUUGAGAUAGAUGCUGGUCUGGAAGUUGAGGUGAAGGACCCUCCCAAAGGCAUGAUACCCCCUGGGACUCAGAUGGUCAAACCUAAGGCAGAACCCCAACCAAACAAGGUCCGCAAAUUUGUGUCCAAGGACAGCGCAGGUCUGCGAGUGCGUACGCACCCCUCCCUGCAGAGCGAACAGAUAGGCAUAGUGCAAGUCAAUGGCACCAUCAUUUUCAUUGAUGAGAUCCACAAUGAUGAUGGUGUGUGGCUCAGGCUGAAUGAUGAGACUGUUAAGAAGUACGUGCCCAGCAUGAACGGGUACACUGAAGCCUGGUGCCUGUCUUUUAACCAGCACCUGGGCCGGAGCCUGCUUGUCCCAGCCGACGAGGCCAGGGGCCAAUCGGAAGUGAGCGCUAAGGAGGUGAGCAGCGGCCUCUCCCACGAGUCUCCUGUGCGGGAGCAGAGCAGGGCGAGGCAGGGUGGGGGCCCUGGCCUUUAUAAGGUAGUGAAGACCGGCCCGUCAGGCCACAACAUCAGAAGCUGCCCAAACCUUAGGGGUAUCCCCAUUGGAAUGUUAGUACUUGACAACAAGGUCAAGGCCAUAGGCGAGGUGGUGAAUUCUGAGGGCACCUGGGUCCAGCUGGACAAGAACAGUGUAGUUGAGUUCUGUGAGAGUGAUGAGGGGGAGGCCUGGUCUCUGGCCCGAGACCGAGGAGGGAAUCAGUACCUACGCCAUGACGAGGAACAAGCCCUGCUGGAUCCAGGGUCUCAGACCCCCCCUCCCAGCCCCUUCUCUGUGCAGGCCUUUAACAGGGCCACGGGGGCCAAUGGGGCCCAGGGCUUUGACUAUGGCCUCUCUAACAACAAAGGUGACCGGUUGAGCGCCAUACUGAAUACCAUUCAGCCCGGGCCCUUCCUCCCGGCUGUUCCCUCCUCCUCCUCCUCCUCCUCCUCCUCCUCCUCCUCUUCCUCCUCCUCCUCCGUACAUGAGCAAGCCACCCAACCUCCCUCCUCCUCCUCCUCCCUUGUCCACAGCCCAUUUGUGUUUGGGCAGUCCCCCUCCCAACUGUGUCAGCCGCAACCACAGCUUCCGAGCGACAGAGGGAACCUGGUGUCAGGGACGUACCCCAUGUCCCCUGGCUCCAAACACCGCCAGGAGAGCCGCUCCCCGAAGCAGGAUGGCCGUGGCGGGCGCUCCUCAGACCAGACCCGGAGCAAGACCAGCGACGGGGGCCGCUCGGCCAGCGAAGCGCUGAUCCUGAGGUCCGACACGGCCAAGCUGAGGUCGGACUCACACAGCCGCUCCCACUCCCCCAACCACAACACCCUUCAGGCCCUGAAAGCCGACAGCCAAGGACGGACUUCCGGCCUCCGUGCCGAGUCCCCCAACCCUGGCUCCCGCUCCACGUCCCCAAAACAGAAGGGUCUGUCCUCCUCCCCAGGAAGAUCCAGCCCCUCCAGUACCUCCACCACCUCCCAGAAUUCCUCCUCAGCGCACCCAGACAAGAACCUCCCCCCUAAGGUCAGCCCGUCUUCCAAGGCCCGGCUGGACCCGCCCAGGGAGAGGUCCAAGUCGGAUUCGUACACCCUGGAUCCAGACACCUUGAGGAAGAAGAAGGUUCCCCUCACGGAGCCCCUUAGGGGCAGGUCCACGUCCCCCAAGCCCAAGCUUUCCCCUAAAGACGUCUCCCCUAGAGGGGAGAGCAGCAACACGGAGAGCAGCAACACGGAGAGCAGCAACACGGAGAACCGUGCCCCGUCUCCCCACGUGACCCAGGAGGAUCUCCAUAGUGAGGUGGUGGAGGUGUGCUCCUCCUCCGCGCUCCUCUCCAACGACGAGAGCAACGAGGAGAACCUGGAGGGGCGCAGCGCCGACGAGGGCUCCUCGAAGGUCCACUUCAGCAUCGGCAAGGCUCCCGUCAAGGAGGAGCAGGAGAGUCGCUCCUCCCCUAAGGUCAGCCGCAAGACCUCUAGCCGCCAUGUCCGACCCAAGAAGGACAAGUCGGGUCCCCUGUUCAAAGGAGAGAGCUCUACACGCCUGGUGGAGCCGGCCAAGCAGGCCAUGUCGCCCUCAGUGGCGGAGUGCGCCCGAGCCGUUUUCGCCGCUUUCCUGUGGCACGAGGGCAUCGUGCACGACGCCAUGGCCUGCUCCUCCUUCCUGAAGUUCAACCCAGAGCUGACCAAGGAGCACGCGCCCAUCCGGAGCUCGCUAGGGGGGCAGGGCGCAGAGGAGAAGGAGAACAAGCUGAAGAACAGGCACUCCCUGGAGAUCUCCUCCGCCCUCAACAUGUUCAACAUCGCCCCCCACGGGCCUGACAUCUCCAAGAUGGGCAGCAUCAACAAGAACAAGGUCCUCUCCAUGCUGAAGGAGCCGCCAUUGCCCGAGAAGUGCGAGGACGGCAAAGGCGAUGCCGCGUCCUACGAGAUGACCUCCCACCCCACCAUGAGGGCCAAGUCCAUCCUCCCGCUCACCCUCCAGCACCUGGUGGCGUUCUGGGAAGACAUCUCCAUGGCCACCAUCAAAGCCGCUACCCAGAACAUGAUCUUCCCCAGCCCGGGCUCCAGCGCCAUCUUGAAAAAGAAGGAGCACGAAAAGGACGGCAAGAAGUCGAAGAAGGAGAAGAAGAAACGGGAGAAGGCGGAGGUGCGUCCCCGCGGGAACCUGUUUGGGGAGAUGGCUCAGCUGGCUAUGGGCGGGCCUGAGAAGGACACCAUAUGUGAGCUUUGUGGGGAGUCUCACCCGUACCCCGUCACCUACCACAUGAGACAAGCUCACCCAGGAUGUGGGCGCUAUGCCGGGGGUCAGGGUUACAACAGUAUCGGCCACUUCUGCGGAGGUUGGGCAGGAAACUGUGGAGAUGGGGGCAUCGGAGGCAGCACCUGGUACCUGGUGUGUGACCGCUGCAGGGAGAAGUACCUGAGGGAGAAGCAGACAGCUGCCAGAGAGAAGGUGAAGCAGUCAAGGAGGAAGCCCUUGCAGGUGAAGACCCCGCGGGCUCUUCCCACCAUGGAGGCCCACCAGGUAAUCCGUGCCAACGCCCUGUUCCUGCUGUCCCUGAGCAGCGCGGCCCAGCCCAGCCUGCUGUGCCACCACCCGAGCAGGCCCCUGCACUCUCAGCUGCCCUGCCUCAAGGAGGGCGUCUCCGACGAGCUGCCCAACAAGAUAGGCUGCCUCUACCUCCAGACGCUGGCCAGGCAACACACGGAGAACUUCGGGAGCUACCAGGACGAUAAUCUGUUCCAGGACGAGAUGAGGUACCUGCGCUCCACCUCCGUCCCCGCGCCCUACAUCUCCGUCACGCCAGACGCCUGCCCCAACGUGUUUGAGGAGCCAGAGAGCAACAUGAAAUCCAUGCCCCCCAGUCUGGAGACCAGUCCCAUCACAGACAGCGACACGGCCAAGCGUACCGUGUUCCAGAGGUCAUACUCUGUGGUGGCCUCAGAGUACGACAAGCAGCACUCGGCCUCCCCGGCCAGGGUGAAAGCCGUGCCCAGGCGCAGGGUCCACAGCGGGGAUGCAGAAGUGGGCUCCUCUCUGCUGCGUCACCCGUCCCCGGAGCUGUCCCGUCUCAUCUCGGCCCACGGCUCGCUCAGCAAGGGGGAGAGGAACUUCCAGUGGCCCGUCCUCGCCUUCGUCAUCCAGCACCACGACCUGGAGGGCCUGGAGGUGGCCAUGAGGCACGCCCUCAGGAAAUCCGCUUGCCGGGUAUUUGCCAUGGAGGCGUUCAACUGGCUUCUGUGCAACGUGAUCCAGACAACCUCCCUACACGACAUCUUGUGGCACUUUGUGGCCUCGCUCACACCCUCGCCCUUUGAGCCGGAGGAGGAGGAGGAGGAGGAGAACAAAGGAAACAAGGAGAAUGUGGAACAGGAGAGGGACCUGGGUGUGUGUGAGCACCCUUUGUCAGAUAUCGUGAUCGCUGGGGAGGCCGCCCACCCCCUCCCCCACACCUUCCACCGCCUCCUCCAGACCAUCUCAGACCUCAUGAUGUCACUUCCUAGCGGCAGCUCCCUGCAGCAGAUGGCCCUCAGGUGCUGGAGUCUGAAAUUCAAGCAGUCAGACCACCAGUUCCUGCACCAGAGCAACGUGUUCCACCACAUCAACAACAUCCUGUCCAAAUCGGACGACGGAGACAGUGAGGAGAGCUUCAACAUCAGCGUGCAGUCAGGAUACGAGGCCAUGAGUCAGGAGCUGUGCCUGGUAACCUGUCUGAAGGACCUGACCAGCGUGGCGGACAUCAAGACGUCUAGCCGUCCAGCCAUGAUCGGAAGCCUGACAGACGGCUCCACCGAGACCUUCUGGGAGUCUGGAGACGAGGACAAGAACAAGACCAAGAGCAUCACCAUCAGCUGCGUGAAAGGCAUCAAUGCGUCCUACGUGUCUGUCCACGUGGACAACUCCAGAGACAUCGGGAACAAAGUGACGUCCAUGACGUUCCUUUGUGGCAAAGCCUUGGAGGACCUCUGCAGAAUCAAACAGGUGGACCUUGACUCGCGUCACAUGGGCUGGGUGACCAGCGAGCUUCCGGGCGGGGACCACCAUGUGAUCAAGGUGGAGCUGAAGGGCCCAGAGAACACCCUGCGUGUGCGCCAGGUGAAGCUCCUGGGCUGGAAGGAGGGGGAGAGCAUCAAGAUCGCCGGCCAGAUCUCCGCCAGCGUGGCCCAGCAGAAGAACUGCGAGGCCGAGACGCUCAGAGUGUUCCGCCUCAUCACCUCACAGGUGUUUGGGAAGCUGAUCUGUGGAGACGCUGAGCCCACGCCAGAACAGGAGGAGAAGAACCUGCUCUCGUCCCCAGAGGGAGAGGACAAGGCGCCGUCGGACGCAGACUUGAAGGAACACAUGGUGGGCAUAAUCUUCAGCCGGAGCAAGCUCACCAACCUGCAGAAACAGGUGUGUGCACACAUCGUCCAGGCCAUCCGUAUGGAGGCCACGCGUGUCCGGGAGGAGUGGGAGCAUGCCAUCUCCAGCAAGGAGAACGCCAACUCCCAGCCCAGCGACGACGACGCGUCCUCGGACGCCUACUGCUUCGAGCUGCUGUCCAUGGUCCUGGCGCUGAGCGGCUCCAACGUGGGCCGCCAGUACCUGGCCCAACAGCUCACCCUGAUGCAGGAUCUGUUCUCCUUGCUGCACACGGCCUCGCCACGUGUGCAGAGACAGGUGACCUCUCUCCUCAGGCGCGUCCUCCCGGAGGUCACCCCUGUGCGCUUGGCCAGCAUCAUCGGCGUGAAGGCCCUGCCGCCGGCCGACAUCAGCGACAUCAUCCACUCCACGGAGAAGGGAGACUGGAACAAGCUGUGCAUCCUGGACAUGUUCCUGGGCUGCAUCGCCAAGGCGCUCACCGUGCAGCUGAAGGCCAAGGGCACCACCAUCGCAGGCACGGCAGGCAUGGCAGCAGGCAAGGGGGUCACCACCGUCACCCUGCCCAUGAUCUUUAACUCCAGCUACAUCCGGAGAGGGGAGAGCCAUUGGUGGAUGAAAGGCUCCACACCUCCUCAGAUCGCUGAGAUCAUCAUCAAGCUGGUCAAGGACAUGGCUGCUGGCCAUCUGUCUGACGCAUGGUCGAGAGUGACGAAGAACGCCAUCGCAGAGACCAUCAUUGCCCUGACCAAGAUGGAGGAGGAGCAUCGUUCCCCCGUUCGCUGCAUCGCCACCACAAGGCUGUGGCUUGCCCUGGCGUCCCUGUGUGUACUGGACCAGGACCACGUAGACAGGCUGUCUUCUGGACGCUGGAUGGGCAAAGACGGACAACAGAAACAGAUGCCCAUGUGCGAUAACCACGACGACGGCGAGACGGCCGCCAUCAUCCUGUGUAACAUGUGCGGGAACCUGUGCACCGACUGCGACCGUUUCCUCCAUCUGCACCGACGCACACGUUCCCACCAAAGACAGGUCUUCAAAGAGGAAGAGGAGGCCAUCAAGGUUGACCUCCACGAGGGUUGCGGCAGGACCAAGCUGUUCUGGCUCAUGGCUUUGGCUGACUCAAAGACCAUGAAGGCCAUGGUGGAGUUCAGAGAGCACACAGGUAAACCAGCCUCCAGUAGCUCUGAUGCCUGCAGGUUCUGCGGCACCAGGAACGGAACCGAGCUAUCUGCUGUGGGCAGUGUCUGCUCAGACCCAGAUUGCCAGGAGUAUUCCAAGAUGGCGUGCUGCAAGACGCACCCGUGUGGCCACCCCUGUGGCGGGGUGAAGAACGAGGAGUCGUGUCUCCCCUGUCUACACGGAUGUGACAAGAGCAUGGGCUGUCUCAAGCAGGACGCGGAUGACAUGUGUAUGAUCUGCUUCACCGAGGCGGUCUCUGCUGCUCCCGCUGUCCAGCUGGACUGCGGCCAUGUGUUCCACCUUCAGUGUACCCGCCGGGUUCUGGAGAGCCGCUGGCUCGGGCCCAGGAUCACAUUUGGCUUCAUGUCCUGUCCCAUCUGCAAGAACAAGAUCAACCAUGCUGUGAUCAAAGACCUGCUAGACCCCAUCAAGGAGCUUUUUGAGGACGUGAGGAGGAAGGCCCUGAUGAGGCUGGAGUACGAGGGGCUCCACAAGAGCGAGGCCAUCACCACUCCUGGAGCGCGCUUCCACAACGACCCUGCAGGCUUCGCCAUAAACAGAUAUGCCUACUACGUCUGCUUCAAGUGCAAGAAGGCUUAUUUCGGUGGCGAGGCCCGCUGUGAUGCAGAAGCAGGGCAAGGAGAUGACUACGACCCCAGCGAACUCAUUUGUGGCGCAUGCUCGGAUGUGUCCAGGGCUCAGAUGUGCUCCAAGCACGGGACAGACUUUCUGGAAUACAAGUGUCGCUACUGCUGCUCAGUGGCUGUCUUCUUCUGCUUCGGCACCACCCACUUCUGUAACGCCUGUCACGAUGACUUCCAGAGGAUGACCAGUGUGCCCAAGGAGGAGCUGCCUCACUGUCCUGCAGGUCCCAAAGGCAAGCAGUUGGAGGGCACAGAGUGUCCCUUGCACGUGGUGCAUCCACCCACCGGUGAGGAGUUUGCCUUGGGCUGUGGCGUGUGCCGGAAUGCCCAUACCUUCUAAACUACCAGGGACCGGGACCGGUACCAGAACACCAGUCUACUGUGACCACAGGCUGAUUGCUGACCGUUGAAAGCUUAGUCUUCAGCCUUCUCGGUUCUCGUUGUGUUGUCGGAUUGCCCUUGGACCAGGCUGCAUAGCAAAGUACCCCUGCUCUGCUAUACCGAGGAUGCCCUGUCUGCCACAGAUAUACUAAAGAGUCUAAGGCUUUAGUGGACUCAAAGCAAAGUCCUCCUCGACGAAAAAAGAAAACGAUUUAAAAAGAAUUUUAACUUGUGACGUGUUUGCAUGCGGCCGUUGUAUCUUCUCGGCUUCCAUAGACACACCUGAUCACUGAAGUGUAACAAUGUAUUGAAGAUUAAAAAAAUAUAUUGAAUAUGAAAUGAAUUUGCUUAAAGGCAACUGUGGAUGACCUUGGAUAUAAUAGAAAAAAAAAUGACAGGCCGUAUUUCCAGCUUCCUAACUAUGAAUUCAAAAAUAUUGUUGUACGUAAAAUGACUUUUUUUCGUAAUCCUGUACAGUAUUCUCAACUGUCAAGUGCAUCAUGGGUUGACGGACAAAAAUAGAGAGAAAAAUGUCAUGUUGGGAGGAAAAUAGUGUACGAUUUAUCUAAUCUUGUAUAUAAUGAUAGUAUCCAAAAUAGCUGUAUUCCGAAGUUGCUACUCAACACUUCAGUCUCGUUUGAUAUUCUGGGUUAUGUUUUGAGCCAGAACUUUUAAUGAAGUGCAAUACUGGGUGUGCCUCCUAUCUUGCAGCUGUUUAACCUAUGGAAUGUAUGUCAAUAAAAGCCACUGUACAUUUUUAUACAGUAAUAGACAGUCACCCCCCGCCCCCCCCCCCCCCCCCAGCUGAAAACUAAGGGUAGCGUUGGCUAUGUAUGAAGGUCGAUGUGAACCCCACUUUUUCCAAUUCGUCAAUCAGAAGUAAAUGUGGAACAUACAAUACCCUUUUCUGUCAUUUAUAAAAACAACUUGAUGGCUGAAUAGGUACAGAGGCAAGCAUUGAAUGGAGUGAUAACUGAACGUUUUAGAAGGGCCAGCCUUCACACCAAAUAUUAAAAUAAUUGAGAAUCUGUAAGGCUAUUCCAUGUGUAGGAGGCAAACGGGUGGGUGGGGUUUGAGAAUGGGAGUGUGAUAUAAAAAAAAAAAGCUGCUGUUAUAAAAAGCUUAAUACUUGUGAAUCUGCUGUGUAAUAUCUGUGGUGGAUGGAGUUGAAUGGUAAUAAACCAGGUUCUCUGUUUCGCAAGG